UCCCCCUCAACAUGAAGGUCUCUGCAAUGCUUCUGUGUCUGCUGGUCACAGCAUCCAUCUUCAGCACCCAGGUGCUGGCUCAGCCAGAUGCCCUUGCAUCUUCUAUCCCAACCAUCUGCUGCUUUAAUGUGGCCAGAAAGAAGAUCCCCAUUCAGCGACUGAAGAGCUACAUAAGAAUCACCGGCAGCAAAUGUCCCCAGAGAGCUGUGAUCUUCAGCACCAAACAGGACAAGAAGAUCUGUGUUGACCCCCGGGAGAAGUGGGUCCAGGAUGCCGUGAAGUACCUGGACCAAAAAUCCCAAACUUUAAAGCCAUAA